AUUUUGGUUUGGUGUUAGUUUAGUUUUUUUUUUUAUAGAAAUUCAAGAUAUAAUUGUUAAUUGUCUUUUGAGCUCUGUAUUGAGUAUUACCAUUUGAGUUUGUGAUUUUUAUAUUUUUUCAAAAUGAUUUACAAAUUGGAUUAUACAAAGGAGAUUCAAUGGGAUUAUGGAUUUUUAACGAAAAAGUGUAAAGAUGCGGGCAUAGAAGAUGAAUUCGAAACUCACCAAAUGCGUCUUAGGGCCAAGUGCGUCGGCCUGUUUCUGACGAUUCACUUGUUUUUCACAUCAUUACAUAGCGCUUUGUUAUUGACGACUUGUGUGUACCUGGAUUUAAUAUAUUUAGAUAUUUUCUGCUAUUGGGGUGUGGCCGCUAUCAUCAUUGCAGUAAUGUGGCCUAACGUAAACGUGGAAUUUGCGAUGAAACAUAAAUUCAUGAUGACCCUUACGUCGGUGAUAGCCGUACUGACUAUUGUUUCAGUUGAUCUGGUGUUGAACUAUUUGCACUAUCGAUAUAACGAAUGGUUAUUGGAUUCAAUCUUCGAUGAAUACAUUAUAUUAAUGAUCUAUAUGUUUUUCCCGAUUCCACAAGUCUAUGCGGCGAUGGGGCUUGCACUUUGUGUGACCGUAAUCUAUGUAGUUUACUUCGCAGUAUAUCUUGGCUCCGAAUACCGAUAUAAGCUGGGUGAUGAGACACGGUUUACCCAAAUCAUAGUUGAGCUAUGCAACUAUAUUUGCCUAAAUAUGAUGGGCACCUAUUUUCGCGUAAUGCUCGAGAUUGUCGUCCGCGCUUCACUGCUUGAUCGGCAUCAGUAUGUGAUGGAGGAUACUGCGUUAAGGAGCGCACGUGCGCAGGAAAGAUUAUUUUUGCAUAGCAUAUUGCCACCGCAAAUAGCUCAGCCCAUUCAAGAUGAUAUUCGAAAACGGCUUGAGGCCAUUAAAAGGCAACACAAAAUGCCCAAUAUCAGAUCACAUCGAAUUAUAUCCAUUCAAAUUCAUACCGAUGUUACUAUUCUGUAUGCUGAUAUAGUUAACUACACCAUGUUAACGACAACGCUACCCGUUAAGAGACUAGUCGCUUUACUGCACGCGUUGUAUGCCAGAUUUGACAAGGUUGCAUCUCAAUAUUCUGUGCAACGCAUCAAAUUUUUAGGCGACUGCUACUAUUGUGUUGCGGGCCUGAUAAAGCCAGAUCCGAACCAUGCCCAAAGCUGCGUCGACUUAGGACUCAGUAUGAUUGAUAGUAUUCGUGAAGUGCGAAACAAGGUAAAGAUUGACAUAGACAUGCGGGUAGGUGUGCACUCGGGAGAACUGUUUGCAGGCGUGCUUGGAACAGCGAAGCUUCAGUAUGACGUUUGGGGUAUAGAUGUAUUAAUUGCGAAUCGAUUAGAGUCAACAGGGACGGCUGGCCAAAUUCAUGUUAGUGAAAGGACUCUCCAAAUGACUGACGACAAGUACAAAGCAUAUCCAGGCACCGAAAAGGCGCGUAAAGAUACUUUCCUUCAAAAAUGCCAAAUCGCCACUUUCCUUAUCGGUGUUGAGGAAACUACCAAACGCGAUUUAAGUGGCCAUGUUUCUGUUAAUUCAGGAUACUUCAUAAAUGAUACAAUUGACAAAGGACUAUCAUUAGAGGAAGAGUUGAAAAAGAUGCCGCUCGGUCCUGAUGGCCUGAAAGAGUUCAUAUGUAAGGUAUUUAAUUUUAAAAACACCGGACCCACAUCAUCUGCGGCUAGCUCCGAAAUUGGAAGUUUUCUAUUGCAAUUUCACGAUCCUCGACUGGAUUAUAAUUAUAUCCACCAAGCCGAUUACAUGUUGAAAUACAGUGUUCUUCUAGCUUGGUGCUGCGAAAUGAGCCUCAUAUACGUACAACUUAUGGAUAGCCUUCAUAUGAAUUCAAUCUCAUUUUCUGUGGUCGUAAUCCUGAUAUUUACUUCAUCCGCGUUAUUAAUUAUAACUUGGUGUAAAAAGAUCUGCUAUUGGCGCUAUUCCUCAUUGUCACAUACGUACUCAGCUGUUACCUACUUCUUAUUUAAACUCGCGGAUGGUAUACAGCACAGCCUCAUCCAACGUAUUGUUAUAUAUGUGUACUUCAUUGUAUCUUACUUUUGUAUAAUAGCUAUUAUACUGAAUAACUGUGAUGAGGAUGAAUUCCAGCUAUUGCAAAUCGACAGCAUAGUGUACAAAUACGACCCUGAUAAUAAAUUGUGCUUCUCUCCAUGGUCUCUGACGUGUAUGGUGUGCCUUAUUAUAAUGAUGAGCAUAAUUUUUACACGCAUACCAUUUGGUAUGAAAAUUUUAGUUGGAUUUUUAGAGACUGUCAGUUAUUUAAGCAUCAUGAUUUAUCAAUAUGAAUACGUUGUACAUAACAGCUUGACAACCAACCCAUAUUUAAUAUCUGAAUACGCACACUGUCUUCUGAUUGUAAUAACUUUGUGUAUUAUAUUUUUCAAGGAGCGACUGAUAGAAUUUAACAACAAAAUCAAUUACAAAUGGAGAGUGGAACUAAUAAAAAAACAGAACGAUUACCGUAUAGCCGCCCAAUCUAUAACUAUUUUAUUGCAUAACAUUUUGCCAGCCCAUGUUGUAAAUGUCUAUCUGACUUCGUUAGCCAAACACGAAUUUUACUAUGAGAAUUAUGACAUGGUGGCUGUUAUGUUCGCUUCCCUCAAGAACUUUGAGAUGACUUUGCCCAAUUUGCGUGUUCUCAACGAGAUUAUUUCCGAAUUUGAUCAAAUCUUGUAUUAUUACAGGGACAAUUAUCGAGUGGAAAAAAUCAAAAUCGUGGGCUCGACAUAUAUGGCAGCUUGUGGGUUGGAUGUUCAUACAGAAUUAAGUAUAAAAAAUGAAUCAGAUAGCCACAACUCUCUUAUUCAGGAGGUCCAACGUGCACGCAUCUUGCAAGCGUCUUACCUAAAAAGAAACUAUUCAAUAAUCGACGAAAAGGAAGAGGUCGUCUUCGUGCUAACAACGUUUGCCUUGGAUCUGAUGCGAACGCUUUGGGUGUGCAACAAUGAUUAUAAGAAUAUUCCAAUUGAUCGUGCUGUAUUCAACGCCGACAUGAGCAUAGGGAUUUCCAGCGGGGAGGUGAUGGCCGGUGUGGUGGGCGCUUCGCAGGUACAGUACGAUAUUUGGGGACAUGCUGCUAACAUGGCCUCGCGCAUGGACUCCACUGGCGUUGCCGGCAAAAUACAAGUGACUCAGAAUACUGCCUUUAUACUAAAAAAAUAUGGGGUAGAAUGCAACUACCGCGGAAUGACCUUCGUCAAGGGUCAAGGCAUACUGCCAACCUAUUUUGUAGACAUCGAUAGUAACUUCGAAUUUAGGUAUAAACAAGAUAGUUUUUAGUCGACUUAAGCCAAAUCAGUUUUAAGCUAUUUUAUAAUACGAAAUCAAAACAAUAUCAAAAUUCUCUUUGAUACGGUAUGAUCUCUAUUUUUUAAUAUUUUCAAUAUUUUGUAUGGAGUAUUAAAAAAUAACAAAAUAAAAACCGACAUUGCGACACCAACGUGGAUCAACGUUGGUAGACUCACCUCA